UGGAGCAUCUAAUAAUAGAUGGAUUUUUUUCCUACAGAAACGUUCCAAAAUGAUGAUCAUGUAUAUAAAUCAUUUCUUGAGAUCUUGAAUAUGUACAGAAAGGAGCAUAAGGGCAUUACUGAGGUCUACCAUGAGGUUGUUGUAUUUUUUUCAGACCACUCAGAUUUGCUUGAUGAGUUCACAAGAUUUUUACCCGAUACUUCAGCUACAGCACUAGCUCCACAUGUUCCACUUGGCCGACAUUCUUUUCAUUGCAAUGAUGAGAAGAGUUUUGCUAUGACCACAUCACGGCAGGUACCUGCGGUCAAGAUCUUGGAUUCGGGGGUGGCAAGUCGAAGUCCUUAUACGGAAGUGAUGGUCAUCUCAGCAUUGCUGUGGUUAAGUUUGCUGGUGACCAAUUAGGCUUGAAGGAUGCUGCGAGGCUUGUAGAAUUCUUUGA